CAUCCAGCCAAGGAAUUACAGAACUACUUGGACCUUGGUAUAUCCAGAGACAUACUACAAAAAUGGACUACACUCUGGCCCUGUUGUUUUCCCUGCUGCAAGUUUUCAGUGUGGGCACGGCUGCUCCUCUGCCAGUGGAGGUGGUGAAGAUGAAAUCAAAAGUGAAGUGGAUGGCUGAGCAGUUGGUCGUCAGGCUGAACAAGGACUUCCAGGUCCCUCCUGGUCUGACACUCAGUCCGCCUGCUGACAUCCUGGAUGGACCCUUGUCCAUAGUCACGGUCUUGGAUGGUUAUAACAGCCUAAUCUCCGACACCUUCAACGGAGUCUCCCAGGUCAAGUUUGACAUCUCAUCUCUGACGGGUUACAUUGGCCAGUGGAGGCAGGGGCACUGCACCGAGCAGCGGCCCAAGCCCUCGGUGCCGGGGCCCCUGCAGGAGCUGCAGAGUCGGAAGGAGUUCAUUCACACCGUUAGCAUCGAGGCUCUCAUGAGAGUGAAGGAGUUCCUCAAUCUGCUGCUGAAAAAUCUGGACCAUCUUGAGACUUGCUGAAAAGUGGGACAUUAGCACCAGUAUUUGUAAGUUGCUGGCAAACUUUUGCAAUGUGUGCUGAAGGAAAUGUAUUCUUGAACUUAUUUAUAUAUAUAUAUAUAUAUAUCUAUACAUGUAUAUAUUUAUAUUCUGUUUAAAAAAUACGUAUUUUGUCACACUGUCUUCUCAUCAAAUGUCUGCAGCGUAAGUGUAGUUUGUGCAGGAGUCUAUGCAGACUUGUCUAUACACAGAGAUCAAUCAGCUGCUCAUAGCUUUGUCCUAUGACACCACUGUUGUAGCAACACAGGCUUCUCAGUGAAACUAUGGAGUUGUAGUUAAAUUCAGUCGAGCAGCUGAAUCAGCUGCCGGCUGCAGCCAAAGGAAACGUCACAGUGCGCAGUGAUGUCACUCCUGGAAAUUCCUGAAAACCAGGUUGAAACUUGCCAAGAAAAACAGGUGUGUUUGUAUGAGAACUACAAGGACAGGAAGGGCAAGGGGCAACUUCCAUUUUUGUGCAAUAGCAUCAACUCUU